CAGGCGUCACCUCUGUUGCUGCGGCCGCCGAAGAAAAUAUUUCUGCGUGUGAGGGUGUGAGGUCGAGCUUUUCGUGUGCUCUAAUCCAAAACCGCAACUGCGAGGAAGGACUCUGGAUUCCACGGAAGCAUUCCAAAAUGGUCAUCAAAAUAUUCGUCUCGGGUAUCUCUGCGAGCAAGGAGGUGAAGAAGAAGCAGCAGAGGGCACUGAUGAUCCUGCAGUCAAUUAAGGUACCCUUCGAGUCUGUGGACAUCACAGAACCUGGCCAUGAAGAAGAAAGGGACUUCAUGAAAGAGCAUUGCAAGAAAGUGGAUGACGUCUGCACUCCACCCCCACAUUUCUUCAAUGACAAAGAAUAUUGUGGCGACUUCGAUGACUUUGACCAGGCCACUGAAGAGGACAGACUGAUUGCAUUCCUUAAGUUGGAUCCUGCAGAGUAUGACCUCAACGGAUCAAGUGUCGUACCGGAGGGCCUGACGCCUAGAGAUGCCGGCGACAAAGCAUGAUGCAUCUGUCCCAAGCCCGCACAGUGCAGUUCUUGCAAGCUCACAUUAUUGUCUUGACUGUGUCAUCCUAACAACCUGUUCAGCCUGUGUCAUGAUGAGUAUGGCAGUGAAUUAAUGUGUUCAAAUAUGAGUCGUGGGACCUAAUGUUCUUUGUAUUGUCUAGAAACCACGCAUGUCUCUCUUCUGCCCUGCAUUAUGCCUAUAACUAUGACAUAGUAUACUGGGUGCAUCAUUGCAAUGACAAGUGUCUUUGUUUGCAGCACAGAGCUUAUUACAGUGUGCUGUUGUCAAAUUUUAAUAACGAGUAAGCUGUCUGAAAAACACCUGAUUCUACCUGUCUACCGGCAUAUUUCCCAUUGGUCUUAUUAAUUAUGACAGUGCAUUUUGCUGGAACGGUGAAUGUACUACUUGUGCAUGCGUGACACUUCCUUUCCCAUAUGCGCUGAAUGCUGUCGUUGCAUGGUGCAUGUGCACCAACAGAAUGUGUUCUUUUCCAUGCUACAGUUGCUGCCAGAGGUGCUAGUCCUUGUGAAGAAAUGAACAGAAAAUGUCUUUUCUUUGAUCCUGUCUUUCUUUUUAGUGGUUGUUUUAUAUAAUAUUUAUUGUGUUGUUUGCAUGUGUGUGUCUGCAUACUGUUUUCAGGAAUGACAAUUUCUGUCAGAAGAAAGAAAAAAAAAUCUGAGUAAAAAAGAAACAAGUUGUCAAAAAGUGAAGCACAACAUUUCUCCUCUAUUCUACCAACAAUUGGGACAUUCCUACGGCUGUAUGAAUGUUCAGACUUUUCUAAUGCCGAAGCAAAUAAUUGUAUACCUGAUUCGAAUCCAGAUUCAAACGUGGAAUUCUAAACUGAAAUUUCAAAUAGAAGGAACUUCUCUUUCGAACUGAAGAGCAUUUCGAAUGGUUAAAGAGCUGCACAUGCAAGCCUAAAAAUGCUACAAGAGAGGGGAUAACCCAUAAUGAGAGCUGAUUCCUGCAGAGAUCCUUAUGGGUGUGUAGUAUCACUACAUGCGAAUGCACUGUAUAGAUCGGUUUUACAACUAUUUGCUUCCAUUUUAAUGGCUAUUCGAACAGCCAGUAAUAUACCACCAUAAAAACAGGUUAUAUUAGCUAGACUGCAACUUGUGCAAAUUUUAUUGCCAUACAGUGUCAGAAUGUCUUAGAUACUACUAGAUACAGCACCUGAAAGUGUGUGUUUCUAGAGCACCUUUCACACUGUAGGUGAAGCAACAGUUUGGCUUGUUGGUAUAUAUGUCACGCUAUACAGUAUGCAUACUCUCGGAGAGGAUGUGUAUGUUGUGCUAAGUUUGAAACGCCCUAAAAUGCCUUGUGUGCACGUUCAGCUGCAAGUGAUAUAUAUACGAAGCUGUUGGCAGUAGAACGAAUUAAGCACGCAGAGUUUAAGAGUUGUUGAUUUGACUUGUUGAGAGAGGCACCACACAAUCUUUUUGUCAAUUUAGGUGUUGGCUUCUUACAAAUUAGUAUUAUCACCCAUUUUGGUCUUUGGCAGAUUUUCGUGAAUAAAGACUGUUACACAUGC